UGCGAAGCUCCCGCGACCCAGAAGCACUCGGGCGCGGGCGGAGCGGCGGGGCUGUGUAGCUGCGCCAUGGCCGCGUCGGCGUGGUGCUGCCUGCGCUGCUGCAGGGACGGCGGCACUGGCCACAUUCCUCUCAAGGAGAUGCCGGCCGUCCAGUUGGACACACAGCACAUGGGAACAGAUGUUGUCAUCGUGAAAAAUGGAAGAAGAAUCUGUGGCACCGGUGGUUGUUUAGCCAGCGCGCCCUUACAUCAGAACAAAAGCUACUUCGAGUUCAAAAUCCAGUCUACCGGAAUCUGGGGUAUAGGUGUUGCAACUCAGAAAGUUAACUUGAACCAGAUCCCUCUUGGCCGAGACACACAUAGCCUGGUGAUGAGAAAUGACGGAGCCCUGUACCACAACAACGAAGAGAAGAACAGGCUGCCGGCAAACAGCCUUCCUCAGGAGGGAGAUGUGGUGUUGAUGACAGUGCAAUUCUGGAUUGCCAGUUCAGUGAAUUUUAUCAUACUCCUCCACCUGGUUUUGAAAAAAUACUAUUUGAGCAGCAGAUCUUCUGAAUGAGUUUGUUUUCAAAACUUAGACUUCUGCACCAUCCCACAAGCACUUACCACUUAAUAAAGCUCCCCUUCACCUAGAAACAAAAACACAUGCUGAACAGCGAGCUUCUUCUUGUUGUCUAAGAAACCCAUGUAUUCAUUAUACCAUGCUGAGGUUUGAUUUAAAAGAUCUAGGCAAUUUAUUUAAUCUUAUUUAAACAAAUAAACCAUGGGUUUGAUUAACAGUAUUAUGUGGUAACAUGUAUAUAAAUAUUUAAAGGGAAUUUUUUUCUUAUAUAAAGUAUUUGUUUGACAGUGAUGUGUAAUUGAGUGAUUAUUAUUUUUUGUCAUCUUGAACUUGAGUUAUCAUAGUCUGUAAUCCAAUAAUUUGUGUUUCCUUGUCCUUUUUGAUAAAGUGAAAUGGCAGAAAUUUACAUACCUGGCAGCUUAGUUUUGCUGAUAUACUUCCUCUGUUCAUGGACUACUUUUCUUAAAACUGAAACUGCUUCUUUUGUUGUGUUGUAUCCCUGCUUUCUGUUUCCUUUUUGAAAGAUGAGAAAGUUAUCAGAUCAUCUUGUUGAAGACCAUCAAGAUGAGCAAGUGGUCAUUGCACGUAGUACACUGGCAGACAUCUGUAAGAGUUAUGAUGCUUUAAAUAUAAAUAAGCCAAGUGUGAAGGCACACACCUUUAUUCCCAGUGUUUGGGAGGCAAAGUCAUGUAGAUUUCUGUGAGUUUGAGGCUAGCUUAGUCUCUAUAGUGAGUAUUAUAGAAGUACCAGGACAACCUGGGCUGUGUAGGGAGAACCUGUCAAAAAAAAAAAAAAUCUUAACUGUUUGCUAUAAGGAAUAACAAAAAUGUAUCCAGUAUUGUAUUUAAAACAUUCUUCCUGUUUUGUUAAUUAUAUGGUAAUAAUUAUAGAAAUUUUGAGACAAGUGAGUCCUGAUGGUCCUGAGCCUUUGGUCUUCUUAAGUCACUGUCUAUUAACAACCUAAGUUAAUCAUGUCUUCAGACAGUUGCACUCUUUUUCUCAAAUAAGCAUAGUCAGGAUUCAUCACAACAAGUUGUAUGGCGUGUGGGGCAAGGAAAACAUGGGCACUAGGAUUUGGAGAACAGUUGCCCAGUGUCCUUGUGUCUUCUGCUGAGUUCAUCAGAGUUCACCUUACACCAAGGGCAAUCAUACUGACAUGCUGAGAGCCUAUGACUAGUUGAUGGUGUGUGAGAAAUGCUUUCAUUAUCAGCACUUAAUAAACAAAGCCACAUUUGUUGUGAAGUAGUGGUGUUCAUGAUGUCUUAGACCAGCAGGAUCACUGGGGAGCUCAUUAGAAUAGAGGACAGUCUUAGACCCAGCCCAGACUUCUGAAGCAGAGACUUAGGGGUACCUUCUGAAACCUGUGCAUCCUAGGUUUGAAAGGGAUUGCAUGAUGUAAAAUGUCUUGGGAUUUAAGGCAGGCUGGUUUUAAUCCCAACUAUGGAAUGCUGUACAAUCCAUAUGUUAUGUAAUAGACAAACAUUUGGUAAUGUGCUUUGCAAACAUUUACAUAAACCCACAUUUUACCUCUGAA